AUGGCCAAGGGAGCAGCCAAGUCCAAGGGUCAUAAAUCCCGGUCUGAGAAGAGAAAGAAAGAAGAAAAAGUGAUUCCCACGGUUCUAGACAUAGUGGUCAACGUCCCAGGAGGAAAGCAGAUUCUGCUCAAGGGAAUAUCAACAGACCGCAUAUGGGACGUUCGACGGCUCCUGGCCGUACACGUGGACACAUGCCACUUCACCAACUUCUCCCUCGCACACGAGGUCCGCGGUCCUCAUCUGCGUGACUCCGUGGAUGUGGUAGCACUGAAGCCUUGCGUCCUUGACCUUGUUCAAGAGGAGUACACGGAGGUAACAGCCAAGGCCCUCAUCCGCUGUCUGGUGUUGACAUCGUGUCCUCAUCCCUUGACUGGCGCUCAGCUCUGUAUUCCCCUCCCUUCCGCUCUGCUCAACUCUAUGGUGAUUCCCCAUUAUGCAGAGGAGUACACGGAGGCAUCUUCCAAGGCCCACAUCCGCCGGCUGCUUGACAUCGCGAGCAGCAGUGUGGCGGAAUUCGGUAAAGUGCUGGGGCUGGGGGACGUGGGAAGCUUCCUCAAGAAGAAGCCGGGCGAAGCAGCAAGCGCGGGGGGGGACCAGGCAGGGACUCAGGGGGCAGGAGGAAGGGACGUGGCGGUGGCAGGAGCAGAAGGUGCGCAAAAGCCGGGGAAAGAGCUGCAAAAGGUGGGAAAGGAGGCGGGGAAAGAUUUAGAGAAGGAGGCGGGGAUAGAGGUGGGGAAGGACCUGUUUGUGACGGGCGCGGAUGGCAAGCGGCGGUUUAAGGGGAAGAGGGAGGCGGUGGAGGCUAUGGCGGCGGCAGCAGCGGCCACAGAGAAGGGCGACAUGACAGGGAUGUUCCCUGAGGAGUCGAAGCUGGGGGAGUUUUACGAGUUUCUGUCUGCUGCUCACCUCACUCCGCCCAUUCAAGCCAUCCGCAGGUCCCUGCGCGGGUCCGCCAAGGGCAAGGGGGCAGAGAAAAGCGGCGCACAGGACAUGCCGGAUAUGGGCACUGAGCUCUUCCCCAUAGAGGUGCGGCUGUGCACGGGCAAGACGGUGCUGGUGGUUGCCACCACCCAGGGAUUCCUGUGCCCCAGGAACAGGCUGCACGCACCCACACUCGUGGGCCUUCUGCGCCUCAUGAGCAAGCCCUUCGCCAAGGCCUAUGACGACUUGCUUGCUCUCUUUCUGGAAAGAAACAAGUUUGGCAACACACCCUACGGUUUCAGGUCCAACACAUGGGUUGUCCCUCCGCUUGCGGCUGCCAAUCCAUCCUCCUUCCCCCAGCUCCCCAUGGAAGAUGAUGCUUGGGGAGGGAACGGUGGCGGUCAUGGCUGGCAGGAGGAGCAGGAGGAACAAGAGGAGCAGGAGAGAAGGGAAACGAACUCAAGGGCGAGGGCAGUAGCAAGCAGGGACUGGGCGAGGGACUUUGCAGUGCUCUCUCUCCUCCCCUGUGACACUCCUGAGGAGCGUGUGGUGAGGGAUCGCAAGGCGUUCCUCCUGCAUUCCGUCUUUGUGGACACGGCAAUUCGCAAAGCCGUCACUGCCAUCAACACUGCUGCUGCGGCGGCGGCGGCAGCAGCUUCUGGGGGGGCGGCAGCAGCUGCUGGGACCGUCACGGGUACCCCAGCCGAGGACGUGUCGCUGAGUCGGGCUUCUGCCGAGCCUGGAUUGCCAGGCUCAGUAGCAGCGGUGGAAAAAGGGCUUCUGCUGGUGGAGCAGCAGGGGGGGAUGCGUGUGACUGUAAUGAAGGGCGAGGAGGACCCGAGUGGGAAGGUGCUGUCGAAAGUGGAGGUGGGGUGGAGGAGGGUGGCGGAGGGGGAGAGGGAGGAGGAGAAGGAGUGCAUGGUAACGAAGAGCCUUUUGAAGGGGAUUUCUGCUGAUGAGAGCACGGCAGUGCAUGACCUAGAGUCCCUGGGCACAGUCAUUGUUCACUUGCACGGCCUCACAGCGCGAGUGACCGUCCCUGACGCCCCUGCUCGCGCCCAGACGCUCCAGGCGCAGCUGCAGGCGCUGCGAGAGAAGAAGGCGGAUAGAGAUGGCAAGGAGGGCAGGACGGGCGGAUUGGCAGAGGAUGGGGAGGAGAAAGGGGCUGGCGAAGGAGGUGGUGGGGUACGUGCAAGGGAGAGAGAGAGGGUGGCGGAGCGAAAGUCUGAAAGGGAGGAGGAACGGAAGGAGGAGAAGGAAGGGGAGGAGAGGUUGUUGGAGCUGGAUGUUCCAGAGCAGGAGGAAGCAGGCGCCAAUGCACUGAACGCCAACAGCCCUGCAUCGAGCAGCACCACCACAAGCAACACUACCACGAGUGUCCCCGCCACUUCUCCUGCUCCAGCUGCUGCUGCUGCUGCAACUCUGCGUCAGGUGCUGUCUAUUGGGCUGGGCCGUCUGCAGCAGGAGGAGGAAGCCCAGGAGAGGCAGCGGAUGGCUAGGAAGAGUGCCUUAGCGGAGAAGCUUGUAAAGGGGCAGGAUGUAGUGGCGGAGGGAGGGAAGGGAGUGGAGGAAGGGGUGAUGGUGGUGAAGGGUGAGGCAGCUGGGGCCACAGAAGUUGGCGAAGAGGGUGCAACGGGUGAAAAGGGUGUAGGGCACCUGCAGAACCCACCCAAGGAGGAGGAGAAGAGCGCAGAGAGUGGUGAGAAGAAGGAUACAGCAGGUGGGGCUCAGGGGGGAGAAGUCAAGGAGAAGGAUGACGGUGUGAAGGCAGGUAGUGGAGGAAAAGAGGGGGGAGCGGAGGGAGCAAAGAGUGGGAGUGUUGCAGCAGAGGCAGGAGCAGGUGCUGCAGCUGCAGCUGCAGCUGCCACUACUGCUGAUGCUAACACGUCUGCUUCCACUACAGGAGCUGUUCUCCCUGCGACUGCUGGUGCGGGUGAGGGGGAGGCACCAGUUGGGAUGCAAGAGGAGCCCUUGGCAGCAGGCAGGGAAGGGGAUGAGCUGCUGGAGUUGCUGGGUGAGAGCAAGUAUGAGAAGCUCAAGAAGGCGGACGUGGGGCUGCAUGCUAUGGUGAGCCGCCCUGCUGCCUUCCUCUGUCCUGAGCGUGAUGAUAUAUUUUCUUUAGAUGUCCCACAAACGGGGAGAGCUGCUGCAGCUGCUGGCCGAGAAAAGACCGUCCAGGCGCUCAAGCAGGGAGCGCGGGACUUCUACAGGAACACUGCCCUCUCUAAGCUGGUCUCUGACUUCGCCUCGCUGGAGCUCUCUCCAGUCGAUGGGCGCACGCUCACUGAUUUCAUGCACACCCGCGGCCUGCGCAUGCGAUCUCUCGGCAAAGUGGCUGCACUAGCAGACAAGCUGCCCCAUGUGCGGUCCUUGGCUGUACAUGAGAUGGUGGCGCGGGCAUUAAAGCACGCUAUCCAAGCAGUGGUCACCACCACUGCACUCUCCACUGCUGCCGCUGCACCUGCUGCUGCUUCUGCUGGUGCUGGUGCCUCCAGUUCCUUGGUAGCAGCCAGCAUAGCUGCUACUUUCAAUGCCAUCUUUGGGUCGUCCGUGCAUAAAAAGGGCGCAACUGCGUUCUCUAACAAUGACGGUAGCAAGGGGGAGGACAAGGGAGCGGGGGAUGCGGAGGCGUCGCUGGGAGGCAUGGUGUGGCGGUGGGUGCGUGUGUUUGCACGAGUGCGGUUUGGCUUCGACCUAGACGAUGAGGCGCUGGCGAGUCUGCGCAUGCUCUCGCUGCUCAGAGCUCUCUGCCUUAAGGUGGGCAUUGAGAUCUCUCCCAAGUCGUACGACUUCAACUCGCCCACGCCCUUCCACGCCACUGACAUCGUCUCCAUGGUGCCUGUUCUCAAGCACGUGCUGUGCACGUCAGCUGAUGGUCGCACACUGCUUGAGGCGUCCAAGGCAGCUCUCGACAAGGGCAAGCUUGACGAAGCGGUUUCUUGCGGUACCAAGGCCCUGACAAAGCUCAUCUCAGUGUGUGGGGCGUAUCACCGCAUGACAGCAGGGGCGUACAGCCUGCUGGCGGUGGUGCUGUAUCACACAGGGGACUUCAACCAGGCCACCAUCUACCAGCAGCGCGCUCUCGACAUCAACGAGAGAGAGCUGGGGCUGGACCACCCUGACACCAUGAAGAGCUACGGCGACCUGGCUGUGUUCUACUAUCGAUUGCAGCACACGGAACUCGCAAUAAGGUACGUGCAGCGGGCGCUGUACCUGCUGCACCUCACAUGCGGCUCGGAGCACCCCAACAGCGCGGCCACAUACAUCAACAUGGCCAUGAUGCUGCACGGCCUCUCCCAGCUCCACCUCGCCCUGCGCUACCUGCACCGCGCGCUGCGCUGCAACCACCGCCUGCUGGGCCCCGACCACAUCCAGACGGCCGCGAGUUAUCACGCAAUCGCCAUCGCGCUCUCUCUCAUGGACGCGUACGCGCUGUCAGUGCAGCACGAGCAGACCACGCUCAACAUCCUGCAGGCGAAACUGGGCCCAGACGACCUGAGAACCCUGGACGCGGCGGCAUGGCUGGAUUACUUUGAGAGCAAGGCAGCGGAGCAGCAGGAGGCUGCCCGCACAGGCACGCCCAAGCCAGACGCCACCAUUGCGUCGAAAGGGCACCUCAGCGUGUCGGACCUGCUCUCAUUCAUCAACGACGAGGAGCAGGGGCGGAGGGAGGUGAUUCAGGAGAUCAUGCGCAAGCGGGGCCGACGCCCCUUGCUCAAGUCCAAGGGCGAUCGCCUCAUAGCAGCAGCCACCGGUGGAGAAGAAACAGCAGACAAAACCAGCCCAGGACUGGUUGAGGCUUCUACUGGCGAAGUUCCUGCCUCUGGAGGUGCUAAUAACGAGGUCACUGACAGUGUCCCUGCUCCUGCAGCAGCACAAGCAGUAGCAGCUGCUGCACAAGUAGACAACGGGUCAAGGCCGCUUCUCAGUGGUGAAGCAGAAGCAGAAGCAGCAGCAGCUGCUGCUGCUGCUGCUGCUGCUGCUGUUGCUCCCCACGCUCCUUCGUUUGCUGCUGCUGCUGCUUCAGCACCUGCCUCCGCUUCUGCUGCUGCUGGGGCUGCAGCAACCGCAGUUGCAGCUGCUGGUGCUGCAGCCACUGCAGCAACAUCUGGGCCUGCAGAAGAGGGGGAUGACUCUGACGGAUGGCAGACAGCUUGCAGCCGCGCUCACAGGCACAGCCACCAGCGCAAGGCGGCAGCUGCUGCUACUGGAGCAGCUGGAGCAGGAGCAGGAGGGACGGGCGUUGGGGGGGUUAAGGCAGCUAGUAGGGGUGUGGUAAGGGGAGGGGAUGCUAGGGGCAAACGGGCUGGUCCCAAGCAGUUAGUGCAGGCAGCAGCAACAUCGGCAGCAGGAGGAGCAGCAACAGCAGCAGCAGGAGUAGGAGGGGGAGGGAGCGUGGCAGGGGAGAGUAGCAGGCAGAAGGUAGGUCCUGGCAUUUCGCCUGUCACUCCUGCCCCUGGAGCUGCUCCUUCCAAUGCUGCAGCUGCUGCCAACGUUGCUGAUGUGGCUGCUGCUGCUGCUGCUGCUGCUGCUGCUGCUGCUGCAGCUGCUGGCAGUGGUGCUGCAGCUGGGGAUGUGAACCCCACGGCCGUGGCCCUAGCACCACCUGUGCGAGAGGGCCCCAUGACCCGCUCCUGGAAGGAGAUCGCUCUUCUGCCACCUGGCAAAACGCCAUUGGCUGCUGCACCAGCGGUGCCAGAAUCUGCGGCUGGAGUUUCAGCGACAGAUGAGAAUGGCCCUGCCAGUGCGACCACUGCAGGAGGUCACUACCCCAUGCCAUACCCUCAUCACCCUUAUUAUUACCACCCACAGGCCCACCCACACCCUCACUCUCAUGUCCACUCGUACCAACUGCAGCAGCAGCAGCAGCAGCCGCAAGACCUGCAGCAGUACAGCCAGCAGCAGCAGCAGCAGCAGCAGCAACGCUACAGCCACCGCUACAACCGCCCGGCAUUCAUCCCACCCAGGUUCCUGCGCAAUGCAGCCGCUACAGCUGCCGCCGCCGCUGCUGCUGCUGCUGCAGGUUCUGGUGCAGCCAUGGGAGGCGCACCUAGCAUACCUACCAUACCUGCUAUGCCUGCUAUGCCUGCUAUGCCAGUGUACAUGCCUGUACACAUGCCUGUGCACAUGCCACUGGGAGUGCCUGUGCCUGGGGGGGUGCUGAUGCCUGUGGGCGGGCCUCUGCCUGUGGCUCCCACCACCAUCACACCAUCCACUCCUGCUGCUACUGCCCCCACAUCCCCUGCCGCCACAGCCCCCACACCUGCUCCAGCUAUUAAGCCCAUGAAUCCUCACGCUCUCGAGUUCGUUCCAGGAAAGAACUGGGGUGCCCUUGGGCCAGCUGCUGCAGCAGCCCAUCCUGCUAACUCACAAUCCGCAGUGGCAGCAGGAGCAGCAGUGGUGGCAGAAGCAGCAGGAGGAACGGGAGGAGCAAAGGUGGUGGGGUGGAGAGCGGUGCUUAAUGGUGGUGUAGGUCCUGGUAACGGGAUGGCUGGGGAGGGGACUGCUGGUGGUGUUGCUGGUGGGGCUGCUGGUGGGGCUGCUGGUGGUGCUGCUGGUGGGGCUGCUGGGAAGGUAGGAAGUGGGGAGAAGGCAAAGACACACGGCAAGAGAGGGAAACAGAGCAAGGGGGGCAAGCACGAGCAGCAGUGGGAGCGCAAGGGGAAGAGCGAGCAAGUGGGGGCGGAGGGUAAGGAAGCGAACGAGAAUGGAAAGGAAGAGCCAGCACUGGUUAAGGAGAAUGGGAUUGUGCUACAAAGGGAUGUGACAAGAGAGGGCGAGAGGGAGGAUAAGGGAAGGGGGAAUGAGAAGGUAAGGGAGAGUGAGGAGAAGGGUAGCAAGGAUGAGGAGAAGGGUAGCGUUAAUGAGGAGAAGGCAAGGGAGAGUGAGGAGGAGGUGAUUGAGAUUGUGAAGGUGUGUGUUUCCGAGACUGUGGUGUCUGGGGAUGGUGGUUGUGACCCUCCCCGGCCCUGCGAGAAUGAGAGGGGUGUAGCGGAAGGGAAAGGGGUUGAAAACGAUAAGGUAGAGAAGGUACUUGAGGAGGAGACGGAGGAGCAGGAGGAUGGACAGGUAAUUUCAAUGCUCUCUCUGAGCGACUCUGGCAGUGAUCCAGAGAGCGAGGAGGUGAAAGAGGGAGAAAGGGGUGAUGUGGAUGACAAGAAUGGAGGGAGUAAGAAGAUGGAGGGGAAGGGAGGAAAAGGUGAGCAGGCAAAGGGGAGGCAGGAGGCAGGGAAACCUGGCAUGAAAGUGUCGAUGUCCUGGGCCGAUAUGGCUGAUGUAAUGGAUGAGGAGGAUAGGGCAGAGACGACCGAGAGGAAGGGAGGGAAGGUUCAGCAGUCGAAGGGACUGCAGGCGGGGAAACCGGGGCUGAAAAUGUCAAUGUCUUGGGCCGAUAUGGCUGAUUUGAUGGAUGAAGAGGAUAGGGCGGAGGCCGCAGCUGAUGCUGCUGCUGUGGAUAAGGAGGUGGUGGGGGGAGGCAGGGGAGAGGGCCGGCAGCAGCAGAACCACCGGCAGCAUUCGCAGCAUCAGCAGAGGAAUCAUCGGCAGUGGCAGCAGCAGCAGCAUGCGAAGCAUGGGGCAAACAGGGGGAGGGCACAGCACCAGCAGCAACAGGAGGGUCAGCAACAGCAGCAGCAGCAGCAGCAGGGGCAGCGGCAGCAGCAGCAGGGGCAGCAGCAGGGGCAGCGGCAGCAGCAGCAGGGGCAGCAGGAGGGGCAGCAGCCGCAUGGGCAGAAGGCAGGGCAGGAGCAGGACGGGCAGAGGGCCGCAGGGAGGAGGCGAGGGACCUCUGUCCCUCGAACCACCUGGGCCCCGAAAUCAGUCCAGCAGCCACCUGUGAAGCCUGAUCAGGAGCUAGCUGUUGGACCCACAGCCAUCUCAGGUGUUUCAGGAGCUUCAGGUGUUUCAGGGGACUCGGGUGUUUCUAAUGGUGUGGGAAUAUUGGGGAAUGGCGAGGCACAUGCAGCAGCUGUGGCUACGCUGGGGAGGGGCCAACAGGGGACUGAUGGUACUGGUGGUGGGAGGGCAGCAAGAGAGGGGAGGCGGCGCAGUGGGAGGGGUGGGGGGAGAGCUCAGGGCAGGGGCCAUGGGGCAGUGGAGGGUGGGGAGCAUGCAGCAGCAGGGAGACAGAUGAGUGGGUUGCUUGCUGGUGGUGGCGAGGAGGGAGCGCAAGUGGGAGGGAACGGGGAAGAGAAGGGAGAAGAGAAGGGGGAAGAGAAAGGGGAGGGGACAGGGGAGGGGGAGGAUGGAUUCACAGUGGUGACGCCUAGGAGGAAGAAGCCUCCUCGCAGUGCAGGCCACGGACGACAGGUAGGGACCGCACAGGCAGAACCAGCACCAGCACCAGCACCCGCACCAGCAUCAGCAGCGGCUGCACCAGCAGCAUCAGAAUGGCGGGAACGGCACAGCUGA